AUGUCUUUGCUUCGCAGGACAAUAUUUAGGUCAUUUUCUAAAUUAGCAGCUCUCAAAGAGCUGCCACAGCUCCAAGAGCAAGAAAAUAUCAAAAGACUGUCAGCCUUCAAAGAAAAAUACGACAAGUUUGUAGAAAGCCAAAAAAAAGAAAUUUAUUAUGCAGGAAGAGAAUUAACAGAGGCGCAAAAAGAAAGGGUCAAUAUGGUUGUCGACGAAAUUUUCCAGCUUUCCCCACUUGAAAGUAGAGCACUUCAAUACGUUUGGAGAGAUAAAACGAAAAGAACUUUUAAUUUCAAACCAGAUGGGCCUCCAGAGGACGGAAAAGAAACACAAAUGAGAAGUCAGAACUUCUGGCCAGCAAAUCAUCCUGUGAAUGUUGAAUACCAGCAAGAAACUGGGCAGAAAGGAAUUAUUGGACUUCAUGGGUACCCGAAGUCUUUUAUGGAUAAAUUUUUAAGUGGGGAAUUGUUUUCCGUUGCAGCUGCAGCUAAGCCAGCUGAAGUUGUAGAAGAAAAGAAGCCUGAAAAGGUGGAAAAAACUUCGUUUAACUUGGUUCUCAAAGGAUUUAGCCCAGAAGGAAAAAUUAAAUUGAUUAAAGAACUUAAAGACAUGCUUAAGCUUGGACUCAAAGAAGCCAAAGACCAGUUAGAGUCUACAGCUAAAGAGCCUUUAAUUCUUGCCAAAGCUAUAAGCAAAGAAACACACCAAGAAAUUUAUGACAAGCUAAAAGGACUUGGGGCUGAUAUUGAGUUUAUAUAG